GUACGGUGUGGGGUUGAAAAAGCUGGAUUUACUGAAAGAAGCUAUAGAAGUGUUUGUUGAUGCGGUGAACUCUGAACCACUGCACUAGGGGGCGUGGUUAGAACUAGUGACCCUCAUCAAAGACAAAGAGUCUCUGCUGGCACUUCCCCUCCCCAAUCACUGGAUGAAGCAUUUCUUUCUGGGUCACAUUUACCUGGAACUGCAGUUGAAUGAGGAGGGACUCAAGAUUUACCAACACCUGAUGGAUAAAGGGUUCGUCAAGAGUUCCUACAUUGUGUCACAGGUCGCCAUGGCUUACAACAACAUGAGAGAGGUAGAUAUGGCAGUCAACGCCUUCACUGAGCUGACAGAGAUGGACCCCUACAGACUGGAGAAUAUGGACUACUUCUCCAAUACUCUCUACAUCAAGGAAAUGCGGGCUGAUUUAGCUCACCUGGCUCACAGGUGUUGUGACAUUGACAAAUACAGAGAGGAGACCUGUGUAGUUAUAGGUAAUUACUACUCUCUGCGGCAGCAGCAUGAGAAGGCAGUGCUGUAUUUCCAGAGAGCCCUGAAGCUGAACCCCCAGUACCUGUCCGCCUGGACUCUGAUGGGGCACGAGUUCAUGGAGCUGAAGAAUACGACAGCCGCCAUUCAAGCCUACAGACAAGCUAUAGAAAUCAACAUACGAGAUUACCGAGCCUGUUAUGGUCUGGGACAGACGUAUGAGAUCCUUAAAAUGCCAUUCUAUUGUUUAUAUUACUACAGACAGGCCCAGAAAUUAAGGCCAAACGACUCAAGAAUGGCCAUGGCACUUGGGGAAUCUUAUGAGAAACUAGAACGACUGCAGGAGGCCAAGAAAUGCUUCUGGAAGGCUCAUGUAGUGGGAGAUAUGGAAGGAAUGGCCCUGAUUAAACUCGCAAAGUUACAUGAGCGCCUCAAUGAGGAGGACCAAGCAGCCUCGGCAUACACCGAGUACAUCAACGAGGCCAACAGAAUGGGGACGUUCAGUGCAGAGGAUCAGAGUCAAGCCUACAAGUACCUGGCUAACUAUCACCUGUUGAGGAACAACCUAGAUGAUGCUUACGCUGCCGCCCAGAAGUGUACAGAGUUCCCCGAGAGGAGAGAGGAGGCCAAGGGAAUUCUGAAAGACAUCCAAAACAGGCGGGCCAGGAGUGAGGGGGCGUACCCCCACCCCGUCAGGAUGGACGACAGCCUGGGCUCCAUCUGUCCCGACCCCCUCAACAUCAGCACCAGGACCCCCUCCGUGUGUCUCUCUCCCGUCAAUCUCAAGUUUGAUAUCGGCGACGACUGACCAGGAACUAUUUUACAGUGUGUUCAUAGACUGACUGACAACAAGCUUUUUGCCAUUGUGAUGAAUUGGUCAUCUAUUGUGUUUGUGUAGUCCUGAUAAGAUUCAGUUGGGUUACCUAGCUCACAUGAUGGUUCAUUGUAAUCAACCAGACAAGAACUGUGCAAUCUUCUCACAGCAUGUACUGACCCUGUAGUUUAUUAUGACACCAGAGGUCUGUUCAGCAGAGUUAACACUGUAACUAUUGUGUUAUAGAAAGAGGGAAAUACGGGGAGUUCCUGCUGUGCUAACCUGGCCUCAGUUGUGAUUUGAUUUAUAAGUUGUUUCAAUAAAAUGGUUGAAUGUUUCGAUAAAACAGCCCAUUCUUGUCACAGAUGGUUAUUGACUUCAUGGAAUCUUACAGUAUCAACUAAUAAAUGCUAUGUGGUCCUUAUUGUUGUAUACAUUUUUCUCUUGACUAUCUUAGUUUCUUGUAUUUUCAUACACAACUGAAAUCACUGAGUUUAUUCUUUGGAAUUAUUUUGAACUUAAUUCACACAAACACUUGUUAUAGCUAUUCAACUAAUUUUAAGAAAAAGACCUCCCCAAAUAAAUCUAGGAUAUAAACUUAGUUACCACCAUGAUUGUAUGACCUGUGCUUAAAUUCUUUGAUGGUCAUUUUGAAUUUGAAAAUACUGUAAUAUCUCUAUAUUUUGUGUGCCAUACAUUUGCACCCUAAAAAGUAGGGUGGCUCCAUAACUAAUAAAAAGAUUAAUGAUUUUGUAUUAUGUAGAUCAGUCUUUUUACAUGAAAUACUAGUAGUCUGUUAGACAUUUUUGUAUUAUCUGAUAUAAGAAAAGAAAACAUACGAGACAUAAUUUGAAGACAUUACACA